CUUGAUAUCUGCCUAGAUAAUAGAACCAUUAGACCGACCAUGCCAUUAGCAAACCUCCCUGGCCUUAGAAAUGGGGAGGAAGAUGAGAAUGAUGAUCCCCAGAGUGACAACCAUCGAAGAGGCAGCCAUGAACCGCGAGGAUCUUCCAUCCAAAACCCCAACAACCAGCAAUCCAAGAGAACCCGCCGGACAAAAUCAGGACCUCCUUCGACGAUUACGGUUCCAGUGGAAGAAAAGAAUCUGCUACGUCAACUAUCGGAUUGUUGCGAAAAGCACACCAAACAAUGUCACAAUCGCAAAAGCAAUGACGACGAAGUAGAUGACUAUGAUGAGACUGUCUGCCAAGCCGCACUCGAAAUUGUCCGUGGCGCAUUGCCCAAAGUAGAAGCCGCCUAUGUCUAUCAGCCCAACAAUAACAACAAGCGAUCCAGACGAGGAGGUGGUCCCGAAGCCCACGAGGUGGGCGUGUUGUGUAUAUUCUACAAAGACGCCUUGCUGGGGGGAUACUGUCCUCUGGCUCCUGGGCUUUUCCAGACUCCCGAAGGAUUUCCACAUGUUCAUGAAGUGCUGCUAAGAGUUCAAUUUCUAUAUCAACAAUGUACAUCACCCAAAUGGAUUGCCGAAACAGUCAGUCCACAAGAAGAUCAUCACAACCAUCUGGCCUGUCAACGACCUCCUUAUCCAAUAUGGAAUGUCGAAAAGACCAUUGGAUAUUUCUUGAACUUUCUCGUCACGUCUUCGGCCAACAUUUGGCCUCCUCAAACCAGAGCCAUGUACCGGCAUGCCAUUGAAUGUGACCUCAUUCAAACCAUGAUGGAUUUGGCAAUUUUGGCGGAAUACCUAGAAGACCCAAACAAUUGUGUCAAGGACAACAAUACUACUGAAUCACAAUCUACUACUGCGGAGGAAACUCCACAACAACAACAAUCCAUCCAAAUACUACUCUUUCUCAAAACCAGUGCUCUAGACCACAAUAUGCGACAGCAACAACAGCACGACAAUAAUAGGACAGAGCCAACACCACCUCACCACGAAUACGUCUUGGAUAUUCCACCCACUCGAGAUGCCAUUUGGUCCCUGCAGACCGCCACCCUCAAUAUCUUUGUACGGUUGUGCACACUGAUACAAGAAGCGGACGUCAACGACGAACUCUUGCCGCCGCGCCAGUGGAAACUUCCCCUAGAAGAUUUGUUUGCAUCGUUACGACCCAUUCUCGUGUCCACAUGCGUCUCCGUCUUGGCCGAACGGGCCCGAUCCGCUGCCUUGGAGUUUGUCAUGACCCGGGGGAGUCUGGUCUGGUUGCCCGAGAUGGAGUUGGGUCACGUACUCGAAUUGGCACUCUUGGUGGUGCACGCCAUGGGUGCCGUCUUUUUGCGACAAGAACAAUGGCGACACUACGCUCCCGCAAAACAACCACCGCAAGUGCCAACGCUGUGCUCCGAUGUGCUGCACAAACUGGUCUGGCUAUUGCGGCGCACGGUCCUGUUUCCUCCUCGAAUACGGGGAUACUGUCAAACGGAAGCGACUGGCAUCCUAAGACGCGAAGUACUCAUGCCAUUGCUGGAAGAGUGUCUCCCGUGGAUACGACAAGCUGCAUCAUCAUCAUCAUCAUCAUUGGACCAUCAAAACACUCCCCAACGACAGGAGGAAAACGCGAUGCAUUCCACCACGGACGCAUUGGAAGAAAUGGUCCUGCGCACGAUUCACGUAUGCAUGUACACAACGCAACAACAGUCCAUGGUAAUUGCCAACAGCAACCUUGUCGUGGCCACGGCUGGCCCACUCUUGGACCUGUUGAUCAAGACCAGGUCGGCACACAUAUCCUCCAUUUGCAUGGCGAUUCUAUCCGCCUUUUUGAAACCCGACCAUCAGGCAAAGCGUCUUUGCGCCGCAGUUUGGGCUCAGCAGCAGCAAGAAAACGGCCAGUCGACAUUCUGGAUCUCUCGUGUGCCACCGUCACCAACAAGGCCAUACUCGCAGGAGAUUUUGAGCAUGGUCAAACCAAAAGAACAAGAAGAAGAAGUUGCCCCGCAACGUACGCCCGUCAAGGAAGGAGUGUCACCCGCUGGCAAAGGCAGCAGCAAAAGCAAGCGGCGUGCCUCUCUUUUAGGUAACAAUCCCCUCAUUAUACAAAGUCCGAUGCCCAAACGACAAAAGUUGGAGGAUGAAGAGUCCGGUGUCACAGCGGCAAUAUGCAAGGUUGAUUCUUCCUGUUUUCUAGACGACUUACUGGGGCAAUUCCUGUCGCAGGGGCUUGACGCGGCAGAAUUCAUUCUGGGCGAAUUGGGGGACAAGACACAAGGGCUUUCGAGAGACUUUUGGGACAAGGCUCUGGUGUUUGUCGGGUGCAUGAAAGUGCUUCAGGCUGUUACCACCCAGGAAGGAAAUGCGGCUUCAUUCGCGAACGAUGAAAAUUGGAGGGAUGCAGAUUCGUGCGUGACCUGCUUCGUGGAAUGUUGGCAGUCCUUGUGUACUCUCUUCUAUGAGAAUGCCAAGUCUGAAUCUCACACGAAUGGAUACUCAGCCAAUUGGGAGAGUCUGGCGAGCAUGAUGAUUGACUGUGGAUUAUAUUCGUUCCAAGUGAGCGCCACUAUCAAUAGUCCGUCGCAAGUUUUGGGGUCUCCGUUUCGCGAGGGGUGCGACAAGCUUUGUGCGGCUCUGGCCAUCAUGGCCAGGCGGGUUGGUCCGGCUUCGCUUCAAAAGAGGUCACCGCAAGACGAACAGGUGUGCCAAGGUUGUUGCCGAGAUGUUCUUGGAGCGUUUUCCUUGAAUGAAACGCUGACGAGCCGUCUCUUCGGCUCGGAUGCAUGUCUGUGUGCUUUGUCAGUUGGUCGCAUCGAAUCGCAACAGGCUCGAAUGAUGCCAUUUCGGCGUGACUGUGACGUUGUAACUGUUGCCGCGUUGCCAAUUUCUGCAAGGUGCUGCAUGUUGGCGUCGCUCCUCAUUCAGCCCCAAGCACAGCCUAGGAAUAAAACUGCCACGCUGGCUCCCACGUGGGAGUCCAUGCAAAAAGUCGUCUCGGCGUUUCGAAUUGCACUGGCUGCCAAGACAUUCGAGUGGAAUAAUAUGACAUGCGCAGCUUUGAUUUCGGUUCCUUUGCAGAUUGUAAUUUCUUGUCUGGGGCAAGCCGAAUUCGUGCAGUCAAGCUGGCACGUGUCUCAUGUUGGGUUUAUCCUAACUGACUUUAUGCGGAGCGUAAUGCUUCCUGCCAUCCAAACAAUCCAGAAUGUCGAAAACAACAACUUGCAGGUUUCCGCCAGCAAAGCCCUGUUCGUAGCUCUAAAGCAACUGCAGUGGUUGCACUUGCUUCUAGAAGAAAGAUGCGAUGGAAGCAAGAAGGAUCUCAGAGAGGCAGAGAGCAGGGAUUGGGACGUCUCCAGCAGCCUGCAGUUUCUUUUCCGGUCGUACACGGCUAACUUCCCACGUUCCACGAGCAACGGCGAGAACCCAAGCAGCGGAGCAUACGACGGCCUACGGAGGGAGCUCGUAGUUCGUCUCUCGCGCUAUGUUGUUGCGGACCCAGAAAACAGCAAGGACAUUAGUGAAAUUUUGGAGGAUUUGGGAUCCACGCUGAGGUUGCUCCGCUGGAAAUGCGUUGCGUGGGAAUGUUUAAGAUUGCGCUGUACUGUUCAUUUGAAGGAGAUCAAAUGGCUAAUGCUCAUUCCCUUUUGUGAUUCGGAUGAGCAGAUUCGCGAGUAUUCCGCCCGCGAGCUGGGAAAGGUGCUUCUGGCGAAUCAUGGUUAUGCUCUGUUUGCACUCUAUGCUGACGAGGAUGAUGAAUGGGACGCCCCAGUCGACACCAGGAUGCUCGAUCAUUCGGCGGAGCCGUCAGGGGAAGAGUCGCAUCCCUCCGAAGAUGACGAAAUCGAGGUCAGGAUUCAUCGACAAACCCAUUCGUUGGAUCGAAUUGUCCAAGCAUUGUUCCAUGAAAUCGACCAGUUGAUGACGUUCUAUUGCGACCGAACUUACACCCCUACCCCAACUCAGACGUCCUCUCAAGAAGACUCAGCAUCGAAACGAGAGGACCAAGACCAGGACCGGCGCGUCCGCCGUGUAUCGGCUAUUCGUGUCCUUUCGUCUUUGUGCUACUUCGCCGAUGCCAACUCUUAUGUCGGAAUGAAGGUGCUAGAGCAAGCCUUCUCGAGACUCACAAGGUUAGCAUCGGCCUUCGACGACGACUCCAAACAACCACGCGACGCUUUUCUUCGAAAAUUCGCCACGGCUUCGUCAUCCUUUAGAGAGUUGAUGCAGCUUUCUCGGCACCGCCGCAAGUUUUUAGACCAUUUCACUGGCAGCUUGGUUCGUGAUGUCCUCAUGCCUCACUCAAGUUUGGCCGCACGGUAUGACUGCGACAGCGACCUCGCGGACAUAAGCCCAGGAACGCGCGAGCGAAGGUAUUUCCGCCUCUCGCGUCUACUUUGCGGCUUCCUAGGAGCGUCCAACAAGGGGGUCCUGACAUGCAAGCGACUCGAUUCCGUGGAUUCCUUUCUGAGGGAGGCAGUGCCCCAUGUGCUGACCCAUCUAGUCCAAUGCCGCGAUUACGAUUCCCUCAGGCUUUUUGCCGGCUUCUACCCGUACUUCUUGAGAAGUAUGAAUCAGCUACAAGACAAGGCGCGACGACGAAGGGCCAACGAACCACUCCUCGCAAACCGGGAGGUCACUCUGGGGGAGUCGAAAUUCAAGAAAUUUGCAGGCCCCGUCAUCAGCGCGUUAGUGCUGAAGGAGAAAACUCAUAGUCUUUGCUUGCAUCCAGAAAACGUUGGUCGCAUGCUUACAGCUGUCCUAAUGAAGUCGGAUAAAAACUCUCUAACGUUCUUGAGAUGCACCGUUCUGGAUGGCAAGGACGAGUGGACGUUGAGAAAAGUUAUCGAAGCUGCGGAAAACGAGAUUGUCAAAGCGCUGGCCGCAAAUCUUGGUUCUGACCCACAAAAUGUCACCCCAGCAAUAGUUGCCGUCAAGACCGCUGCAAUUGCCAUGCUCCACGAACCAACCGGCUCCGCCCGCGAAGACGCAGCGUCACUUGCCGACAAACUUGCAUCUCAAUGGAUUACCAAGCAUUUUAUGGUUAUCAUCGUGAUGGUGAUUCAACACAAGUGGAAGUCAAAAUCUCACAAAGACAAGCUGCGUUCGAUGAGGAGUCUCAAGAUUCUGCUUCGAUUUUUACUGCCAAACGAGGCAUUGCACUACUUUCCCCAGGUUCUCGCCGUAACCAGCGCCGCUAUUGAGGACGGCAGUUCUAGCGGCUUUGAUGAUGAAGCAAAGCUGUUGGUUUGUGGGCGUAUGCGCCUUCUGGCCGUGGAGGUUUUGGCAAAGUUCUGCCAGCUCCUGGGACCGCCAGCAUGGCCCCAGAUAGGGCAGAACUUGACAACUAUCACAGUUUCUCUCAUGCCAGCUUUGUCCCAACCCGACUCGACAGUGCACGCAGAAGUGCAGCGUCUACAACAGCUCUCUUCAGCAGCCGCAGCUAGCCUGCUGGAGUGGCUCAGUGUUGGAGCCCGUGGAAACUUCUUUAAACAAUACUUCAGAGAGAUUCCGUUUCUACCGGCUUCUUCCCAGCUGGAUGUUGUGCGUUCUAACUUGAAAGAGCGCGGCGUGGUUUUCGACAAUCUUGCCUCAACAGAGGAAGGAAGCGCACAACAACAUGCAUCAAGUAGGGAUUCAUACACGGGCUCUGCUGAGGCGUCCAUCAGCAGCACUGUCGGAAAAGGUUCGAAACUGGCUCGAGAAAAUGAGAGGGCCCAGCAGACAGCUCUAUCCAAACGCUUGAAGACAGUCUGCGAGUUGCUUGGAAACGAGAACGUGAGCAUUCGAAAGGCCAUCCUAAAGCACCUACUGGGUCUUCUUCGUGCCAACAGAUCUCUAUUCCACUCCCUUGUUGCAAACGAGGGAAGCAUUUCCAAUCGACAUUUCCUGACUCUCCAGUUCAGCGGAAAGGAAGAAUCCGCUGAGUCAUUCAGUGUCACGACAAUGAUGGGCAUUCUCUUGGCACGAAGCGUCAACGAGACAGACGACGAUGCCAAGAGUCUGCUUGGUACCUGCCUGGGCGAGGUCGGUGCGAUUGGCGAACACCGCCUGGGAGGUAUCUCAAUGGCCGCCGUAAUGGGGCCAUCGGACUCCCUCGAGGCUUGUGACAAUGACUGGCGUCUCUCCCAGCCACCCUGGGCGUCUAACACGUCGAGAUAUGAACUCCAACUUGUAAAGCGACAUCUUGUGGCAGCGCUGAAGGCCACAACUAGCACAGAAGACCAAAACAAAGUUGCCUUUGCAUUCCAGGAACUCUUGCAUCUGCUGGAUGACGCUGCGCACCAAGGAAGUUCACAGCGGCCAGACACAUCCCUUGGAGACGCAGGGGACAAGCCCCGGCGAGAGAUGAGUAGCUGGUUGAGCGGGCAGUUGCAGGAUGCUGGAGUAUUCGAGACAGUAGAACCUUAUUGGAACACGAAUUUCACCGAAUCACAGAAACAAAUGCUCGCGGCGGUAGAACCCCCCUUUUUCAAGACGUCGAAUACUUACUACUUGUGGCUCUCUCAAUGGUGUCGCUUCAUGGCGUUGCGUUCCCACUCUGGCAAGAGCCCAUGGAGCAGUAUGUUCCACGGUUGCCGAACGGCUCUGAGAGCCCCAGCAGGCUUGGUUGUCGCGGAGUUUCUUCUGCCCUUACUUGUCCUGGAUCGACUUUGCUUUGGGAGUCUCCAAGAAAGCACAAUAAUUCUUCAAGAGAUUCGGGAUGUGUUUGGAUACAGCAAGAAUCAUUUUGCCGAUGACAGUACCGGUACAGACAUGACGAACAGAAUGUCUCAGCCUGAACACAGGAAGGCCGUCAACACGAUCUUUAUGGUUAUCGACAAUUGGCAGCACUGGGUGGAGUUUUACAAGGAGAAUCGACAACAACACAAGCCUUCGAAACGCUCUUCUCACAGCCCUGAUCUCAGCCCCAUAGAGGCAUGGACUGCCGACGACUGCAUUUUCAGGAUCGAAGAAAUUCUUUCAAAGAUUCCCUUAUUGCUUCAAGCUGAAGCCGCGGCUUCUGUUGGCAUGCAUGCAAGGGCUCUCAGACUUUUGGAAAUGGCAGCACGCAGUAGUGUCGUCAAGAAGGUUUUCAAUGCGACCGGCAGCGAUCGAGUAGAGGCGAAUUCCCCGAAGGUGAAACAAGGCAGCUCAAGGGCCCUCGGCAGUCACGUGGUCUCCGGAGUUGAUUUGAAUCUGAUGAAGGAGGUCCUGUCCGAGUUAAGUGACUACGAAACAAUGGCUGCUCUUGAAGUUGAUAGCCGUCAUGCUAAGCCUUGGGAACGCACGAUGGACAGCAUCAGACAAAACGAAGCAUCUGGCAACUGGGAAGGCGCACUAAGAGAUUAUGAAAGAUUUCAACAAUUGCGAGAUGAAUCAAAAGAUUCAACGCUUCAGGGAGCUCUAAGGUGCCUUCUGAAGCUUGGGCAGUUUGAGAGUGUCUUGAAUCAAGUGAGGGGCAUCGUGCAUGGAGGUGACACUUCAUCCCAUGCAUCUUCGAGGGCCAUGCUAGCAGAACCAUUCGCAGUGGAGGCAGCAUGGCGACUUGGAAGAUGGCAGACGCUUUCUGAAGUAUCAAACCAAAUCUGCCAGCGGGGGAACAUUGCUACCACGCUUGGGCCCGAUGCGACCUAUCAGAUUGCGCAGGGUCAAGCCAUGCUGGCGCUUCACGAGAAGAAGGCCGAUGCAGUUGUGUCAGCUCUAACCACAGGUCGCCAAGCAGUGAUGGAUAGUCUCUCGAGUGUGGCCCGUGAGAGCUACUCGCGUGCCUAUCCCUACGUUGUCAGACUGCAAUGCCUACGUGAAAUUGAGGACGCGGCUGAAUUCAUGUGUUCCUCCGACGAUUCUUCCCCGUUCUCCUUUGUGGAGCUAACAAAAUCAGAGUCUCACUAUGGGUGGAGCUGGCAGAAGCGGUUAGAAUUGGUUUCUUCGUCCAGUUCGGCUGCUGUGAUCGACACGCGGCUUGCGUUGGCUCGGUUAGCGAAGGAUCCUGUCUUAGAAGGCUCCCUUUUCUUGACGGUCGGGAAAAAGGCCCGAAAAAGUGGUCUGUUGGGCAUCGCUGCGGACGCUCUAGCAGCAGCAGAGACAACAUUUCAUUGCGUCCCGUCAACUGCUGCAAGAGAGGUUGAUGGGCUUCUGAACACCACUAAAAUGCAGCUUGCCAAGCUGAAGCACAGUGCGGGUCAGAAUGGCGCUGCUUUGAAAAUGCUGGGCCAGGAUCAAGUUAAUCACUUGUACGUCAUGAACGCCGUGGAUGCCAAGAAUGCGGUCUUGUCCCAGGAGAGGGAAGCGGAAGGAUCGAUGAGGGCUCCGGUCGAGGACGACGUUGUGAUCGUGCGCUUUUCAAGCCGCGUCUUGCUGUCGACGCAGUGGAUCGUAGAAGGUGGCUUGAAAGAUGGCGCCGAAAUCAUGAAUAGGUUCGAGACCAUUCACAAGUUGGCACACAAGAUGGAGAAAGGCAAUUUCUACUUUGCAAAGUAUGUUGACUCAAUUGUCUCGAAUAGAAUUGCUGCCAUGAUGAGUAGCCCGCAGGCACAAAACCAAGCUCGGGUUGACGAAGAUAUCGUCAGGUCUGAAGCUAUCAAGAAAGAUUCAUGGUGCCAACAGUACAUGCUCAAAGCAAUGGAACAUUACACACUGAGCUUGAGACUAAGCUUGAAACAUGUGUAUCACGCCCUUCCGCGAUUGCUCUCGCUUUGGUUUGAGCUCUCAUCUGUAUUGGCAUCUGAAAAGGUUGGUAGCACAACACAAUCUGGAAACAAGAAGCAAAGAGUUUCGUACGGGUCAUCCAAACGCCGGUCUUCACAGAAUACCAAAAGUACUGGAGAAAAUCAAGACCAUAGAGCAAACAAAUUUAUGCUCGAAAAUGUGAAGCUCGUGUCGACGAAAACAUUCUACACGGCAAUGCCACAGCUCAUUGCUCAGAUAAUGCACAAGGACAGUCGUACAGCCGAAAUCGUGCAAGCACUUCUCAAAGAGGUACUUGCAAGGUAUCCAGAGCAAGCGAUGUGGCCGCUGGCCUGGCUUUGCCACUCAACCAACAGCAAUCGCAACCGAAUCGGCCAGGACAUCUUCAAGGCUGCAGAAAAAGCGCUCGAUAAGAACAACAAAAAUUCACUUCGCAACCUCUUGGUGGCAUCCAAGUCCCUUUUUAGGCACCUUCAGAGCAUCGCCAAGUUCGAAGUUCAAGAUCCCAAGGGCAAGAGGAGAGGCUCCAUUUCUUUGAAUCCUUGGCGCGGGGAAGUACCCCUCUGUGACUUUGUCCCGCCGGUUCAAGCGGCCCUCACCGCGGUUUUGCCGUCAUCUGACGGCAUCGGCCGCAAGAAAGAUUUGUUUCCGCGACAAGUUCCAAGGAUGCGUGAUUUUAGCUCGGAAGUCAAGGUGAUGUCUUCUAAGGCUAGGCCAAAGCGUAUAACAGCUUAUGUGAUCCCCGCUGCUAGCGCGUCAAUGAUCAGGCGUGAAAAGCAGAAGAUUGCAAAGAAACCGCUCGAGAUUGAUAUUGGCGAGCUUCACUUUCUUGUCAAACAGGAAGUGAAAGGCGACCUUCGAAAAGAUGCUCGAGUGCAAGAUCUCAACACAGUGAUCAACCGGUUGAUGGCUUCGUCACGUGACUCUGGCAAGUGUGGGUUUUCGUCCCAGAAUCGCCAACUCCGUUUACGGACAUUUGCUGUACUUUGCCUUUCGGAGGAGAGUGGAAUCUUGGAGUGGGUGCCGGAUACUACGGCUCUUCGUGCACUAAUCCAGGGCACAUACAAUCCACAAGCUUGCGAGCACAGUGCGCGAAGAAGAGGCUCCAAUGCUGUCAACUUUGCUGAUGCUCAUCUCCGUCAAGCCUUUGACAAAUGCCAAUCCGCGUUCUUUGAAGGCAAGCCAACCGAUGCAGCGGCUCUAUUUGAGGAAAGGAUGCUGAAGGAAUACCCCCCACUCUUCUACUGGUGGUUUGUUCAAAAGUUCCAAGACCCCCAUGCAUGGUACGAAGCAAGGACAGCGUUCACGUUGAGCGCAGCAAUUUGGUCGGGGGUCGGCCACGUGCUCGGACUCGGAGACCGACAUACAGAAAACAUUUUGGUGGACACCAACACUGGAGAAUGCGUUCAUGUAGACUUUGAUUGUAUCUUUGACAAAGCCUUGAAUCUCCCUCGGCCGGAGAUUGUCCCCUUUCGAUUGACUGCCAACAUGCUGGAUGCGUUUGGCCCGACGGGUGCGGACGGUGUCUAUUCUGCGUCUCUCAAACUAACCAUGGGCACUCUACGUGACAACCGCGACACGCUGCUCUCCGUGCUGGAACCAUUCAUCAAGGAUCCCGUCAUUGACUGGAAGCGUGCCAAGAGCACCCAAAGUCCCAAGAAGAAGAGCAGCAGCACGGGUGGUCGUUUGGACAUGACCCAAGUGGCUGACCGUCAGACCCGAGAUGCCAAGCAAUCCAUCAAGGUGGUGGAGCAACGAUUGCGGGGUAUCUACAACUUGCGGAAUCCGAAUUGGAAGAAAAUCAAGCGAAAAGAUGGCUUUGCAGCAGGCAACCAACAACAACCCGACGAGUUGACUCAGUUGUUGCCUUUGUCCGUGGAAGGUCAAGUCCACCAACUGAUUACCGAAGCCACGAGCAGCGAGAACUUGGUCCAGCUGUAUGUAGGGUGGAUGCCAUGGGUGUAGAGCAGAGCUAGACGAAUCGAAUCGAAUCCACCUGGAUAUUUUACAUUGCAACUAGCUAGCUAUUUCGCCUUCAUAGUUGGCUAGCUGAAGAGCAGGUUGUUGCUGCUCUGACAGCAUCUUUUUCUGUGCCGCCGUCGCUCCUCUCCCCAAUGUCCCACCCUGUUCAUCAUAAGGUUGUAAUGCCAAUCUUGGCUCCUUCGCGACAGCAACCUCCCACAACUCUUUCAGGUCGUCUCGUUGUAGCACUCGUGCCAAUUCCGGCGAGAGUGGCGCUACACAUUGGAUCCGAGGAGUAUGUUUGUUGUCGUUGUUGUCACUGCUGUCCUUAUUGUCAUGUGCAGUACUUAUUGUUGCUGUUUCUUGAUCAUCUUCUUCUUGUACUCGUUGUAUGGGAGGUAGGUCCACGGACAUGCAAUGCAAAAAGAGCCGAUUGAACCCUCUGUUUUGUCUCCACCAUCGAUUGACCUUGGAGUCUCCAUGUUCGGAAUCUCCAAUGAUGGGAUGUCCAAUAGCGUGUGCAUGCCGUCGUAUUUGAUGUUUGCGUCCCGUCAACAGUCGGCAUUUGACCAGCGAACAGGCUCCUUGAUACUCCUCUCCGAAUUGGGCACCGUUGAUGGACGCCAACCAUUGAAAUUCGGUUUGUGCCUCUCGUGUUACUUCUUGAACCGUAAUGGGUUGAUCUACCAACAGGGUGGGCUCCAAAUUCCGCCAAUCGCCGCGUACCAAGCAAAUGUACUCCUUGGUUCCGGCUUUGAGGGCGGAAUGCAAUUGUCCACACACUUUCGACUCAAAGGCAAACAAGAGUACCCCGGAUGUUCGAUGAUCGAGUCGAUGGACGGGCCAUACUUUGCGCGACAAUUGUCGUUUGAGCAGUGUGGAAACCACAAAUUGUCGUCCUGGUUGUUUGUGCGAAUUCCGGCCACUGCGAUGGACCGACAUUUGGGCGGGUUUGUUAAUGGCGACCCAGUCAUUGUGAUAUUGUAAUAUUGGAAUGCGCGGUCGAAUCAAUUUGGGAUGAUGACUGCCGUUGCUGUUGUUGGGAUUCUUUGUUUGGCCUUUUUGCCCUCCUCUUCCUCGUCUGUUUCUCCUCUUCUUCUUGUGGAGCUUGGCUGGUUCCUCCUUUUCUUCUUCCUUGUCUUGUUCCGCUUUUCCAUGGUCGUUGUCACUUUCAUCAUCAUCAUCAUCAUCGUGCGAUUCUGACGCUGAAGAUGACAAAGACUCCUCCAAUUCUGAUGUUCGGAUAUCCUGACCAGCUGGAUCAUUCGAUGCACUCAUCGUGGUCAUGUAACGAGCAACAGCUCUCUUGUGAUUCCUCUUCAAGGAUACCGGUACUGGCACGGAUGGCACCGCAAACGGACAAAAGCCCCGAA